AUGAUCGUCACUCCCCGCCUCGCAGCCGUCUGGUUCCCGCUCCUCCUGCUCCUCCUGUCCGCACUCGUCCAGCUCUCGAAAUGCACUCUCGGUCCACAACCACCCGCUUCUUCCGGGCCCGGCUCCCGCUCCGCUUCCGGCUCCGGCUCGGACUAUCAAACGGCCCAGUCCGGUUCCACGUCAACUUCCACGGACCCUACCACGCCGCAAACCGCACGCACUUCCGUCCAUCGACCCAGCAGCGCGAUGCUGCUGCGAACCGACUACCACAUGGUGUACGAUGAUGAAGAUCCCGCUGCUGCAAAGCUGGCCUGGCUGCGCGAGAAGAUCCAGCAGGAUCAUAGGGAGGGACCUGGAUGGGCGUACAUCGAUCAUCGGUUGAAGCAUCCGAGUGCAGAGUUUCGGUCUGCUGUGCGUACCGCGCCGGCACAACUCGAGGACGCGGGUCCAGGAUUCACGUUUGGUGCACAGAAGGUGCCAGAGACUGUGGGUGAAAGGUUGGGUGAGGACGUGCCGGUGGAGAAGUACAGCGGCAAUCUGGCUGAUACGAUGGGUCUGGGGUUUAGGGAGAGUGUUGAUGCAUCGCCUCUCGACUCUUCCCGACCAGCUGCUCGAGGAAGGUCGAGGACACGCUACAGGGGCUCCAGGCUACGAAGCGGUGGUCGCGGCGCGAUGAUGGCUAGUGGUGGAAGCACCUCGCGUUCGCCACCUGUGGCCGUCCAAUCUGAAGAAGCUCCGGUCGACGCGGCUAAUGACAACGAAGCGACAGAAAGAUUCAAAAGCCCGACUCGAUCCAACCUCGAAAGUGCCGCCGAGCAGCUCAGGGCGCUUCAACUGCAACGAGACGACUCUCAGCGCGGCCGUCGUGCCUCAUCCUUGCCUCCGUUCUCGCAUGGAUCUAUCACUACCCCUUCCUCGUCCGGCUACGACUCUCUUGCGGGCCAGCAUGGUUUAUGGCGCGUAGCCACCCCACCCAGUCAUGCCGACGGUGCUUCAACCUGGACAGCCAGCACUCCGCCCUCUGAGGAUGCUGUGUUGGUGCCGACGAAGCGUAUGCCGCCGUAUCGAGUGUGGAGCCCUCAGGCCGCUCUUCGCAGGAUCAACAUCGGGUACACCCGGUUGAGGGACGAACCAAAGGAUUACCAACAUUGGAUGGAGACGGUCGAUGCGCUUGGGAGGCAUGACUGGGGCAAGCAGAUCAGGGACCGGGUGUUAUGGGCGGGCUCGAACAGAGUACCUGACACACGAUCCGCACGGGUAGGUUUACCCUUUGGCGGCAUGACCGGUAGCACCGUCCAGAUGGGGGUGCCGCGCUUCAUCGAAGAUCCCAACGACCCGGCACCGCCUUUGGCCAGCAUCCGACGGACAGGUACCCACGAGCGUGUCCUUGCCUGGCACACGCUGGUCGACAUGGUCCCACCGGCACUCACCGCGCACUCGUCGAGCGUCUGGCAUGCUCACCGCCAGGGAGCCUAUCACAACAUUCAUCCCGAUGUUCAAGAUUCUGUCCACCCCAUCCAGUACACCUCGCAACUGAUGCGUGACAACGACGGCGCCGUCGUCCUCGAAAACGCCAUCCACGAGAAACUUUUUCGAGCACUUCGAUUCACGCCGCCAGAGGUCAAAGCGAAACUCCAGAAGGAGCUCGGCCUUCCUAGGGACAAGUACCAGCCGCUUCAAGACGUGUUGCGAGCCGAUUACGCAACGUACGGCCCGUUCUGGCAAGACUACUACAAGUCUAAGCUGCCGAUGAAGCUUACAAACCCACUUGAUUCGGACUUGACCCAUUGGAGGGCUUUUCGCAUGUGGGCUGACGCUGUGGCGGUGAAGAGGCCGCUGGUGUAG